AUGUACAGAAGGUACAUCUGGAACAGCAUUUUUCGCGAUAUAAACUAUCGCUUAAAAAAACUGUAUCACUCGUUUUAUUAUGCACAAAGUCAUAUAAAAUAUGUGAUGCUUAUAUUAUUCCCGGGAGUUAUAUGGACUACCCGAUACCGUGCCGACACAAAACUUGGCUAUUAUUUCUAUAUUAAUGAUGAAAAGUUAUAUCCAAAUAAUUCUGACAACACAGCUAUUUCUGGGAUGGGAAGCUUGAAUCUGAACAAUUCUUUUUUUUCAAAGUAUUUUCAAUAUUACAAUAAAUUGACGAAAGGAAAAUGGAAAAACGGAACGAAGCUAUACCUUGAUGAUGAUCUAACCGUUGGUGAUGUCAAAAAAAUUCUGUACGCAGAUAAUGAAAACAUUCCUAGAAAUUUAAAAUUCGGGUGCAAAGGAAGGAUGAUGGAUAAUAAUGACAAUCUUGCCAUGGCAGUUCGAGCAUUUUGCAAAAGAGACCCCAAGAUUUUCAUAUGGGAAGAUGAGCAUGCAGCCUACGUGUGA